CCCAGCUUUGCCUGAUUGGAGGCCCCACACGGUCAAAGAUGUCCAAAAACCGAGAUCGUCGCCUCCGUAGCCGUUUUGGCUCAGGCAUUUCUCGGCUCAAGCCUGCCACGAUCGAGACGGCCCAGCUGGUGCCCGGCUGCUGUUCAACGGCAGCGCGCGACCUUUUUUCCCCCCCCAACUGCUCCAGCCGCGCGGCAUCCGAUAGCCAUGGCGCAGGCCGUCCUUGGUCCUGGAGUCUGCGGCACCGCCGCGCCGCAGCAGCACGAUCGCCCGGCUCCUGCGUGGCACCCGGGGCUCCAAGGCAGCGUCGAGUGCCGCUCCCCAUCCCUGGACGGGGCCGCCGGCGAGUCGGAGAGGUCCACCGCCGUGGGGAUGCCCGAUAGGUUCAUUUUUCAGAGCUUCGCGUCGACGGCCAGCGGCAUGCCGUUGAUGGCGCCGCCAGGGCGGUGGGCCGUCGGCUCCGAGGCGAGCACUGCGCCCAUCGUGCCGUCGCCGACGUGCUGCCAAUCGGACCCCGUGCCGUGCGGCCUGAGCAUGCACGACCGCCACGCCGCGGCGCCGUCGAACCCCCUCAGCAGCUAUGUCAAGAAGGAGUGGGACGAGGACAACUUCCCAUCGGCGAUUGUCCUCUACCCCGGCACGGACGACGAGGGCGAGCCCCAGGUCGGCGGCGUGGGAGCUCUGGCCGGUCCCAGCGCCGAAGCCGAAGCGCCACUACGCCCGCAUCCCAACCGCCAUGUUCGGACAGGCGUCGGCAUUGCCCAGCCCUGGCCAGCGCGUUCGGGCCAUCCUGGGGACGCGCCUGGGGAACCGCCACACCGUCCCGGUGGAUCAGCAGACCACGGCGGCUCCCGCGACGGCCAUUGGUAUCGUGGUGGCCUCCACGGCGCAGGAGACCCUGGCUCACGCUGUUCAUGAGAGGAAGGUAGGUUGGCAGGCUCGGCGCGCCACCCAGCCCAGGAUCACCACCCUGGUGGUGCGCAACCUACAUACCUCGACAUCUCAGCAGGAGUUCCUUGACGAGGUCAACCGCAGUGGGUUCGUACAGAAGUACAAUUUUGCAUACCUUCCGAGGAACUUCGGGGACGGCUCUGGGAAAGGCGUGGCGUUCAUCAACUUCAGGACUGCUGAUGCGGCCAGCACCUUUGCGGCCGCCUGGCACCGCUCCAGGCGUCUCAGCACCAAGGAUGAGGCCGGCAAAGACGUCCCGCUCAACGUCUCCAGCGCCUUUGUGCAGGGCCUCGAGGCGAACCUGCGCAAGUGGACCGGCGGACGGGUGACGCGCGUCCAGAAUGCUGACUUUUUGCCCUUUGUCCUCGAGGAUGCAGAGCCAGAGCCGAUGGCCUCGUGGCCAGAAGCUUCGGAGCUUGCCGCCGUCGUUGCGAUGAAUCCUCGCUGAUCCUUGCCAACACUUCACGCUCGUCACACUAAGCAUAUGUAUCAGCGCUGCCCCUUAGCUCCGUGCUUCCUCUAUGACUCCGUCCAUCGACGGGCGGUCUCGCCCGCGGUGCGUGUAUUCGAGCGCACGCCAAUUGUGGCACGGACGUGAGUGAGGCUGAGUCCUUUUGCUGAUCCCAGCUUGAGAAGCGAGCGCUAUAGCUUAUAUCCUUGCCAACAUUCCACGCUCGUUACUCUAAACGAAUGUAUCAGCGCUGUUCCUUCUCCUCUAUGAUUCCGUCCGUCGACAGGCGGUCUCGCCCGCGGUGCGUGUAUUCGAGCGCACGCCAAUUGUGGCACGGACGUGAGUGAGGUCAGACGGAGCGUUGACGCACGACUUAAUUUUAUAAGCAGGUGUUGUCCAGACCCAGCUUGAGAAGACAGCUUAUACCCUUGCCAACUCUUCACGCUCAUCACACUAAACGAAUGUAUCAGCGCUGGCCCACACCUCCAUGUUUCCUCGAUGACUCCGUCCAUCGACGGGUGGUCUCGCCCGCGGUGCGUGUAUUCGAGCGCACGCCAAUUGUGGCACGGACGUGAGUGAGGUUAGACGGAGCGUUGAGGCGCGACUUCUUCGACUUUGUUAAGCAGUUGCCUUCGAAUUUCUCUCCCUCAUGAUUUUCGUUUUUGUUUUCGUUUUUGUUGCGCGUCAUCGGCGCAGGAUAGGGAGCACCUUUUCACUCCUCGUGGAGGAGGUCGGGGAGGUG